UAGUCAGCUCCUAUUGAGAGUAAUCUUGUAUAGGCGGAGCCUGUCUUAGACUUCAGAGUCGGGCACGCUCCUGGAUGGCGUUUAAGGGCCAUUGAAUGAAGUUAUUAUUGGGCAAUCUAAUAUGAUAGAAUUUGACGGACCCCGUUAUUCGUACGUUAAGAAGUUUAUAGGGUUAUUGGAUUGUGUCUAUCAAUUUGGCAAUCACGGUCAACUCUGUCUUCGAGAGACCAAGAGAUCGUGAGAGGAUGGAUCUUGUCACUGGGCAAAAGAAAAACCAGAGCCAAGUCCGUACAAUGAAGAUGUACUCAAAAGUCCCGGAAUCUCGGGAUAAAGAAGAACAAAAAUCCGAGAACCAAAAGGAUGGCGCUAAAAGUGACAAGUCCAAUGUCAUAGAAAACAAAGACGAAAAUAAAAUAACAACCGUCAAACAUUUACGAUUUGGAAUUGAAAACAUUUUACAACAAGAGAGUAAGGCAGUGAAAACAGAAAGACAGAUUCGUGAAUCAGUGAGCCUCGGACUUAGCGCUGUGUCCGGAUUCUAUGGUCAGCCAUUCUCCCUACAGAAAGGAGGCAAACUAGGCACGUGUUACCCGUACUGUUCGGAAGUUGUGUUGCCAUGGAGAGAAACCGGAAGUGAAAAGACCACCAAUUGUCAAAUAACAAGAAGGGUGGGGCACCCCUACCAGAACCGGACACCGCCCAAACGGAAGAAGCCGCGGACCUCGUUCUCACGGAUGACCAUCAUAGAGCUGGAGAAGCGCUUCGACCGACAGAAAUACCUGGCCUCAUCCGAGAGGACAAGUCUCGCCAAAUCUCUGAAAAUCUCGGACUCGCAAGUAAAGACGUGGUUUCAAAACAGGCGAACGAAAUGGAGGAGACAAGCGGCGGAGGAGAAAGAGUUGGAGAGACAAGCGGCCUCGCGUCUGCUUCACGUGGCGUCCGCCAUUAACGGCUUCAGCGCUCCUAGCCCCUUCGUCUUCCCAGAGAAAAACAAAGACAGCAGAACCUGAAAUAUCAACCACACACCGGAAGUACAUGUACUUUUGGCAUUCUAAUAUCGGACUCGGCAAAGAACAAACUUAUCAUCAACGUGACGUUUUAUUUAUCUGUGUUCUACGUCGACCGGAAGUGAACAUACAUCGAGGCAUCUCACGUUUGUUGUCUUGGGGUUUUAUCACUAAACGCCUCUGACAGCGAGUCUGAAAAAAGAUUUUUGAAUUUUUUAUAGUGAAGUACCAUUCAAACGAUGAAAUCGUGGUUUAUGUACUGCGCAUUCAAUACAUUGUUGUACUCACUGAGUUUAUCCUGAGACAAUACAGCUCUGUUUAACCUUUUGACCCGACAAGGGUGUGUUUAGUUUACAAGUUGCAAAUUGUACAAAUUCUUUUUGCAAUGUAUGGAGACAUUGCAAUGAAAUCCGCUGUGGUAUAUAAAUAAUUAAUUCGU